AUGUCCGCCUCUGCUUCUGCCGCAACGACAGCGACAGCCGACAGGACGACGCUGAUCGCAGCUAUCGAUGCGCAAGGUUCCAAGGUGCGGUCACUGAAAGAGCAGUCUGCCGAUGCUGGGCUUGUCAAGGCAGAGGUGGACGCGUUGCUGGCUCUGAAGGAGCAGCUACAGGCUCUGAGCGUAUCCGCUGGCAGCGCGAGCAAGUCUGCCGCAGCAGCAACGGGAUCCAAGAUGGUGCUCAAGACGCCCAAAGGUACGCGGGAUUGGGAACCUCUGGCCAUGGCUGUUCGGUCGCAAGUAUUUGAGAGCAUCACGCGCGUCUUUCAAAACCAUGGCGCGGUCACCAUCGACACGCCGGUGUUUGAGAGGAGAGAGAUAUUGGCUGGAAAGUAUGGAGAGGACAGCAAGCUGAUAUACGAUCUGAUGGAUCAAGGCGGCGAGCUGUGCAGCCUGAGGUACGACUUGACUGUGAGUGCAACAGGCUGGCGGAACUUUCCGGGGGCAUGUGGGCGCAUCACCUCUCAGCAAUCCAUCACCCCGCGCGCACACAGGUCCCUUUUGCUCGCUUCGUCGCGAUGAACCCGAUCGAGUAUGGCUCCAUGAAGAGGUAUCACAUUGCAAAGGUGUAUCGAAGGGAUCAGCCCGCCCUGUCCAAGGGACGCUUCCGCGAGUUCUACCAGUGUGUGAGUGUCGAUGAACUUGGCCCCGCUCGAAUGCGCUGCUCAAUAGCCACGCGACGACCUGCGUCACCUCCCUCUGCACUCUCCAGGACUUUGACAUUUCGGGAUCGUACGAUGCCAUGGUGCCCGAUGCGGAGAUUCUUUUGAUCCUCGUGGAAGCCCUCACUGCCCUCGACUUGGGUUCCUUCACAGUCAAGAUCAACCACCGCAAGAUCUUGGAUGGAAUCUUUGACGUGUGCGGAGUCCCGGCGGACAAGACGAGGCAAAUUUCUAGCGCAGUGGAUAAGCUGGACAAAAGCCCAUGGGAAGAGGUUAGGAGGGAGAUGACGGUGGAAAAGGGACUCGAUGGGGAGACUGCUGAUCGGAUCGGAGAGUACGUCAAGCUAAAGGGUGCGUGUGGACGUGGGCUUCGUGCGAACGUGAAUGCGCACCUUACGCCCGAGUAAUGUCUUGUCCUGUUCAGGCGGCAGAGAUCUCAUCACACAGCUGUCCGGCGAUACGAGACUGACCUCCAGCGCGAGGGCGGUGGAAGGCCUCAAGGAUAUGGCGACGCUCUACGAUUAUCUGGACAUUUAUGGAAUUUCUGAAAAGAUGAGCUUCGAUCUGAGCCUUGCCCGCGGAUUGGACUACUAUACCGGCAUCAUCUAUGAAGCCAUCACUGCCGCUUCUGCGCCGCCCUCUUUCGCAGCUGCAAGUGGUGCGGAGGUGUUGGGGGCGCAAGCAGAACAGUCGAAAGCAAAAUCAAAGAAGAAGACGGCACAGGGAGAGGAUGAAGAGAUGGACGAGUCCACGGUAGGCGUGGGCUCCAUCGCCGCUGGGGGGCGGUACGACAAUCUGGUUGGCAUGUUCAGCGGCAGCAAGAAGCUCGACUCGGUACCUUGCGUCGGCGUCUCCAUUGGCGUGGAGAGGGUGUUUGCGAUUUUGAUGCAGAGGAUCAAGGAAGCGGAAAGGAAUGGAGAAAGGUCUCGCUUCAGGGCCAAGCCGGUGGAUUGCUUUGUGAUGAGCAUGGGUGGGGAUGGCUUUUUGAAGGAGCGCAUGAAGGUCGCAAAGCUGCUGUGGGAUGCCGGCAUCAAGGUGAGCUGUGGCGCAAAGUGAGCUGUGGCACGUGCUCAGCGUCUGACUCGAAUCGUCGUCUGCUCAUGUUUACGCAGGCAGAGUUCCUGUACAAGGCGAAACCCAAACCCGGACCGCAAUUUGCAGCUGCUGAAAAGGAUGGCGUGCCGCUGACGGUCAUCUUGGCACCUGAGGAGUGGGCUUCGCAAAAAGUGAGGGUGAAGGAGCAAAAGGGCAAGGAUAGUGUAGAGGGACAGGGAAAGGGCGAAGUUGUCGGGCUGGACCAGCUGGCUGCGUAUAUCGCUCGUCUCUUGAAAGAGAGUGUGGCCUAAAGUGGACUCUUAAUAGCACGCCGCGCGCGCCAGUCGAAUGGUGACCGUCAUUUGUCGAGUGUGGAUGCAGACUUGAGUGUGUGGUUGAGAUUGACAAUGUCGCACACCGCACACAGACGUGAGAGCGUUUGCGUCUUGAAUCGUGCGUCUUGAAUCGAUUGCACAGGCUCGAGGUCAGAGGUCAGGAAGCCAUCGAAGUCAUGAGUCAAGACUGUCUGUCUGUCUCUACACGUGACACGACUGCGCACGCGCGCGCGUGCGGGCGAUGCGGCAGGCCGGCCGGCCUCCACAAAGCCCGCCGAGUUUGUCGGGGGGCAUUCGCGCAUACACGCACCCAGCCUUUCCCUACACGACCAUCACCGUCAUCACCAGCGGGCAAAGACACACGACUGCUUUGCUCUCUCUCUCCCCCACCACGCAGUGUCCCCCACUCACGACAUCUGGUCGCCCACAGCAUAUCCAGAAGCGGCUGCGGUCGCUACACCACUGCCCCGUGCCCCCGUCCAAUGCCGCUGACGCUCCACUCGCGCACGGAGGAGUAGGCAGGCGGGCGAGUCUGCAGUCGAGCUCGCCAUUGUCACACUCUCCCGCGCGCGGCCUCAAGCUGCCAACAGCGCUACAUCCGCACAUCCGCACAUCCGCACCAUGUCUCGACGAGAUGCAGCGCUUCCUGCCAGCUUCCACGACGCCUCGGGCUCCACCAGGCGAGGCGCACGCGCACGCGCUGCAAGUCGAGCGUCCUCUGUUCUCCCUGCCUCUUCCUCUCGCGCUUCGUCGUCGUCGUCGUCGUCGUCGUCGUCGUCGUUGCGCGAAACGCUGGAUGGCCAAUCGCACUGCAUCCUGCAUCCACACCCGCACUCCCACCUGUCCAGCCUUUUGCCAUUUCAGCGACAGAUUCUGCAAUCCUUGAUCCCGCCACCUGAUGCUCCGCUGGACGAAGGGGACGCACUGACCAUUCUGGCCCGAGGAUUGGGUCUGAGGACGAUCAUCAGCGCACUGCUAAGGUGCUACGACAGUCAGGACGCGCUCAUCCUGCUGGUGAAUGCGGGCGAAGAGGAGAGCGCUGGAAUCGCCGCGGAGCUGGACCUGAUGGGAGCGAGAAAGCCUGGCUUGAGGAGAAUCGUGCACGACAGCAACGUCAGCAGCAGGUGAGCGCUCUGUGAGGGGAGCAUGAUUGGCCGAGAGCGCGCUUUCUGAUGCACUCACAACUGUAUGCGCGGGUGUAUGCGCGGGUGUAGGCAAGAGCUGUACGCUGCUGGCGGACUGCUCUCCAUCACCUCGAGAAUCCUUAUCGUCGACAUGCUCAACCGCAAGAUUCCCAUCAGCAAGCUGGCUGGCAUCGUGGUGAUGCACGCCGAGGAGUGAGUGCAGCUUUUGAGAGUGCUAGUGCGCAGAGCUCGACUGAUCGGCACGCUUUCUCCCUUCGGCCAGGAUCACGCCUCUUUGCACCGAGUCGUUCAUUGCGCGCAUGUACCGCGAAGAGAACAAAGACGGCUUCUUAAAGGCUUUUUCGGACGAUGCGGACCGCUUUGCCAUUGGAUUGAGUCCUCUGCAGACGGUGCUCGGUCAAUUGCGGAUACGCGAAGUGAGGGUGUGGCCCAGGUGAGCGAAUGCGUCACGCUCUGCUGCCGCGCAGAAUGCCGCCCGCUCUCCUCACCCAGAGCUUUUGCGCCGCUAUGCACGCACAUAGAUUUCACAAAUCCGUCAUUUGGGACCUGGGAAGCGGCUCAGGAAGGGGGGACGUGAUACAGCUGCACCAACCGCUCUCUAGAAGCAUGCGCGCCAUCCAGACGGCAAUUGUCGAGUGUCUCGACGCAACUCUGGGCGAGCUGAAACGCGGAGCUGGGAAUGUGAGCAGAGCGCGCGCGAAUACGUAGAGGCGGAAUGUGGCGCGCAAACUGAAGCAUUUGCACUCCUCAUGCAGGUCGACAUUGAAGAUUGCACCGUCGAGAAUGCCCUCUUUAGAUCUUUCGACGCCAUCGUGCGCAGGCAGCUCGAUCCCGUCUGGCACCGUGUGGGAGUAAAGACUCGUCAGCUGGUCGGCGAUCUCUCCACUUUGAGAGGUCUUUUGAGGUACGUCGGGCCGGAUGCAGGGGGGGUGAUCCGCAUGGCAGCUCAUCUUUCGUCGUCUUGCCAGGUUCCUCCUCGCGUACGACGCAGUGCGUUUCAACCAAUAUCUAGAGACUAUAUUGGCACACCAACCGCGCACCGGCUUGCCGUCCGAGUAUGCGUCAGGCGGACCUAGCCCCUGGAUGUUUAUGGACGCUGCAAAUACCAUCCUUGGCGAGGCGAAGCGUCGCGUGUACGUUGGAGAGGUCUCUGCUUCUGCGGAGCUGAUCAUUGACGCCGGCGAGGAGGAGGAGGAGGCAGACGAAGUGGACGAAGAGGCAGAAGCCUUUGCAGCGGCCCACCAAACCAGUCUCAACGAGGGGUUUGCCGAAGCGGAAGCCGCUCUUCGUGGCGGUAGCGCUGCCGAAGGGCAAAGCAGGCGCAAAAGGAAAGAUCGACUUUGGUGGAUGCCGCCUGGCCUGGAAGCCGUACUGGAAGAGAAUCCAAAGUGGCACUUGCUGCGAGAGGUGCUGGAUGAGAUUGAACAGGAAGUGCAUUGGAGCACCGUUGAUUUGAGUGAGUGAGGGCGACCACGGUGCUGACCACGGUGCUGACCACGGUGCUCGACGUACAGCACAAAAGCAAAACAACACUAUCCUGGUCAUGGUGGACUCGGAUCAGACUUGCGGUCAGCUUCGAGAGUACUUGAGCAAGAUGAAGCCCCUGAGGCACGGCCCUUCUGGUCUGGAGGACGCAGACGAUCCGAACCCCGGGAGAAAAAUGAUGGAGAGACGACUCAAGCAUCACCUCUUUUGGAAAGGCAAUAUGGGAUCUGCCGCGUCGAAUGUGCCCAGCAAUGCAGCCGCGAAUGCGAGUGCUGAUGGACGAAGCGCCACGAAUGGCCACGCGUAUGGCGCGAGCGACCACGAUGGACGGUCCGCGGCGCUGAAGAGAAAGGACCAGGCAGCUGAAUUUGAUCGGCAUGCUAGCGCUCUCAAAAGGCGAAGGCGACGCGGCGGAGCUGUCGGUGGGGUUUCUUUGACUCGGCUCAAGGGCGGCGCAGCCGAAAGGGGUGCCGAAAUGGACAAGGAGUCGGAUAGCGUGGCGACGUUGUGAGUGGUUUGGCGACCGUCUUUAGCUUGAAAAGUGUUGACGCUGUGAUGCUCCGCCUCAGCAUGUCCCAAGCGCUUGCACGUGGACGAGAAGAAGCGAUCAUGAGCGGCGCCACCGAAGCGGACAUUGACAUGCCAAGCAUCGUGGACCUGGAUGCAGACGACGAUGAUGUGGCAGAUCAAGAAGAGGAAGAGGGCGGUGCGAAAGGCGGACUCGUAGACGCGACCCUCGCUCCCCCAUCCACCCAAAUGCUUAGUCAAAUGGAGUUUGAAAAUUACUUUGGCAUACUUAGUCCCGAAGAGCUGGUCGUUGUGCGACCGUAUCGGGGCGACGCAGACGAUAAUAUGCUGCAAGAGCUCAAGCCGCGCUUCGUAGUGCUGUACGACCCCAAUCCCGCGUUUGUUAGGCGUUUAGAGGUGAGAAAAGUGUCUUGUGGCAGAAAAGUUUUGCGUGCGAGGGCGAAAGCUAACGACGACUUUUGCGUCGCAGUGCUACAGAGCUUCACCCAUUACCAAUGCCGUCCGAGUCUACUUUCUCAUGUACGCCGAGAGCGUAGAGGAGCAGCGUUACCUGUCGGAAAUGCGUCGAGAGAAAGAAUCCUUUGAGCGCCUCAUCCGAGAAAAGGCAAACAUGGCUUUGCCUUUGCUCGCAGAUGGGCGACCCUCGACCGAGGUGGAGCAACCUCUGCGAACGAUCAAUUCGAGAAUGGCUGGGGGCCAGAUCUCUGUCACGAACGAGACGCCGAGGAUCAUUGUCGAUAUGAGAGAAUUCAGAUCCAGCUUGCCGUCCAUGCUCCAUGCCGCGGGUGUCGAGGUCAAGCCUUGCACCUUGCAGGUAGGCGAUUAUGUCCUCUCACCGGAAAUGUGCGUCGAGAGGAAAAGCUUGUCGGAUCUGGUGCAGUCAUUCAACUCGGGUAGAUUGUGAGUGCGCAUGCCAGACGUGCGAUCCGUAACACUGCUGAAAUGGAGUGAUGGCAAAUAGGUACACUCAAUGCGAGAUGAUGUCCAUCCACUACACUCAUCCGAUUCUACUCAUCGAGUUUGACGAGCGCAAAAGCUUUUCGCUGCAGGUGAGCCGGCGCGCGGCGGCGCAGUUCCACUCUGGUGAUGCGGCUGACGCGAAUGAUGACCCUCGUGUGCGUCUGACCCCUCGCGUAUGCCAGACCGUAUCCGAAGCAAAGACGCACGGACGAUCUACCAAUGUGCGCACGACCAAACCUCAUGAGCUCGACAUUCAGAGCAAAUUGGUCCUGCUCACCUCGGCUUUUCACCGCCUCCGCGUUGUUUGGUCGUCUUCUUCCCAUCAGACGGCCAGCAUCUUUUUGGAUCUCAAGGCAUCUUACGACGAGCCGGACAUGGCUCGAGUCGCCGCUGUAGGCACCGACGAGAAUAGCGCGAACAACGAGACGGCCUUGUCCGCUGCUGCUGGCUUGGCCGGCGGAUACAAUCUCACGCCGCAAGAGAUCCUGCUCAGUCUUCCAGGCAUCACUACGAAAAAUGUGCACUACGUCAUGGGCGCUGUCAGGGAUCUGACGGAGCUGUGCGAUCUGAACGAAGAGGAGCUGACCAAACUCAUUGGCAACGAGCCAGGCAAGACGCUUCAUCGCUUCUUGACAUGUAACACGCUGCGGAAGCCCAGCUUGCUACGUCCGAGCGCCCAGGGUGCGAGGAAUUUUUAAGACCGUGCGUGCGCGAGUUGCGAGGUAGCGCGCGCAGACUCGAUCUCAGGAACAUGUAGCACUACAGCACCGAAUGCAUGCAUGAGGAGUCAACAGAUAUCUCCGCGCUAGUAAUAGCCGAUGAUGCAUGGCCACCGCCUAGACUCGUUGAUCACAAGAGCACCACGGGAGCGCAGCGCAGCAUAGCAGCAGCUGCGUGUCCAAGACUCUUGGCGUAGCGUUCUCACCUUUGAGCCCCACAAUCGUUCAUUUCCCCAGCACCCUCGAGGUCCUGCUUUGCAGCAUUGACCUUGGGCGUGAUUUGGACCUUUGAGCUCACGCCAGAGCAAGUCUGUACUGACGCCAUGUUCUCCUUUGUGCAAAAGAUUUGGGUACCAGACGCUGACAAGGAAUGAAAGAGGCUGUGGGCUCAGACCAAGAAUAGUAACACCAAUGAAGAUAAUCAUGCUAAGGCCAAUACUGACAAUUUUACUAGUAAACACUGCAGAUGACUAAGAUAUAUUACUAUUCAGAUUCUGAUUGCCCACCGCACCUCUCCUUACCUGGGCUCAAAAGUCAGCAAGUGUUGUGAUGGGCAAGCAGACUUUUGAAAUGAAAUUCAACAAAGAGUAAGAGGGCAAGUGGAAGAGGCAACAGGUGAAAAGAUCACUGCCAAGCUUACAAAAGCUUUUGAGCAGCACACAGCAACCAUGCCAGAUCUCAAGAUGAGGCAAGAUUCCCAUCUUUUGUGGACCAAACAACAUCCACUGCUACAAGCCAAGUUGCUCAGCUUAUUUGAUGCUGUGAAUGCAAGACUUGCACUUCAAAGCAUUGCACAGAUUGACAAGACUUUGCAGGAACUGUAUUUGGAGUUGGAUUAGCUUGGUUUUGCCGUUGUCCUCUGCAAAUUCAGUGUCGCAUCACGUAGCAGAGUCAUCACAGCACCCACACGCGUCGCCACUACUUGAUCAGACCCGCGCAAAAGGGCUGCAUUCAGCGUUGUCGUUCAAAGACUUGAGUGUCUGCCGCACCGAGCCAUGAGUGUUACAGCCAUGGGGGGGAAUGUAUGCGCUCCUACUCGCCCCCUUUUAGCUGACAAUCAUAGUCAUUGCAUCUGCCAGCAACCACAUCAGCCUGACGCAGGACUGUUCCUCCCCCGCUGCGCACCUUGGCUUGGUCAUCAUCGCGCUCCACUAGAUCAGCAUCCUGCCCUCGCAUUCACCAAGCGUGACUCACGGACACGCGGGACCUCACCUUGCGCAAAAUCCAGCCGGCAUCCUUGACCCACCGUCGCUCUCUUUCGACGUCCCGAGAUUAUCGACCGCAUACAUUCGCUCAAAUACAGCAUUCAAGCGACUACGCUGCGUGAUAGAGCACCAUCGACUGUCAGAGACGCCGCAAGUGUCGCUACUACGAAGCAGCUUCGAGUGUGAAGGAUCGGCUCGCUCAUCAAUUUCAGCGUCACAAUCGACCUCCUACAAAGCAGAUUCGACUGUCGCGAACCGCUGCUCACCGUUCGCGAGCCUCUGCUCACCCCUUCGCAACCCGCUGCUCACCGUUCUCAAGCUCCUACUCACCCUUAAGCCCCUACUCACCGUUCGCGACCCUCUGCUCACCGUUCGCGAGCCGCUACUCACCCCUACCCUCUACUCAACCUUCGCAAGCCUUUACUCACCCGCCCGCACAGCAGCUUCGAGUCUUACGGAUCCGCCUCGCUCACGUCAUUCGUUACGAACAGACCGCACGCUCACCCUUACUCCUUCAGAAGCAGCUUUGAGGCGACACAAGCCAGCUUCAUUUGCUGUGAGGGUGAGUUUGGGACUCGAGCGCACGCUCGUGCAAGUCUUCAUUGACGCAACACACUGCACGACAGGAAAUGUGUGUACCGGACGCCGUCAGGAAUGUGUACCCGCUCGCCCACCGCACCUCUCCUCUCUUGUCCCUAAGAGUCAGCAAGCGUCGCGAUGGGCCAGCAGACUUUGAGCGGGACCUCGACGCAGAGGAACAGCGCGCAUGGAAGAAGCGAAAGGUCGAAGCGACCACCGCAAAGCUUUCAAAGGCGUUGGAGCAGCAUGCCGCAAACAUGCCUGAUGUGUACUUGAGGCAGGAGCUUCAAGUGCUAUGGACGGAACAACAGCCGCUACUGGAAGCCAAAUCUCUCAGCCUCCUUGACGCCGUCAAUGCGCGACUUGCACUACAGGGCAUCGCGCAGAUCAGCAAGACUGCAUGGACAACCUACCUGGCACCAAGCGAGUCCCUCUUGCUCGGCAUUGACUCUGGUCGCUAUUCACCGCAAGAAUUGCAGCUCAAAGAGUCCGCCACCGUCACCCGAGACGCACACUUUUACUGGAGGUGCAGGCUGUAAGUCGCGCGCAGCUAGUCCAAAUGCACCACUGCUAAUAACAUGUAUGCGCGUCACAGAUCCCCUGGAGGAAUGUUUGGUCAGGCACAUUACUGUCCACCAGAUGAAGCUCACCUACUCUUUGCUGCACAAUUCCCCACCUCACCUCUGGCACCCUUUUUCCUCCAAGAGACUCUGGUUGGCAGAUCUGACAACUACUUUGGCUGUUCCAGUCAUGUCUCUGGAGCAGAGAGAGCUUGUCAAGAUGAAAAGGGAGAGGGUCACACCCUCCUGACCAACUGUCUCUCCACUUUGGAGGAGCAAAACUCGGCAUUCCUCACUUUUGACCUUCCAACUCUUUCCAUCCCCCUUGAAGAGGAAGCAACAACAGCUUCCUCAUCAUGGCAAGAUGUCUGCCAUACCCGACUCAACAACGAGCUGCGUGUUCACAUGGUGCAAGCGGCCAAGCUGACCGAGAAAAAAGACGCGGCCGCCAGAGCAUCCCUCUUGCAACAAGUCUCUGGACUCACUUUUCCAACGCCAUCCUUCAAAACCACGACGCUCAAAGCCACGCCUGCCCUCAAAACCACGACCUCCCCCGCGAUCGAUGCCGUGCUGGAGACUGUACCUGCUAUCGGUAUCGUCGAGAGGGUGCUCAUAAAUCUUGGUCCACCCACAAGAUCCUUCAACAGCGCUCGAUAUGGCGGCAUCUUGACGGACCAGAUCGUCCUGAACCAGGAAGCAGAGAUUGAACAGGAGGUCCAGGAUGUUUGUGCGGCGCAUACAAAGGUCGCGCCGCCCACACCGCCCGCACCGGCCACACCGCCCGCACCUCCAUCCAAGAACGCGGCCACAACUGCAAAUCUGACCAGCCGCACCCCUCAUCUCGCUGACGACGCCCCGGCCUACCUGCACAUGCUCUCCUGGCAGCUCACAGCCAGAGAGUGGUGGCUCGUUAAUCGGCCUCGUGCUCAUCAUCGCAUCGUUGGUCUGCAAGCAGCCAGGCAAGCAGCCAGGAAUGCGGUUCGCGGAUUGGACGCUCUCUCUCCCGCAGAGCCUGCGCAGAUCAUCUGUGUCGGAAAGGACAUCACCAUGGGUGACAUUCUCGGUCACACCACAUUUUUCGGCAAGGCAGCGGGCAGCGGACCCAAACUCUGGAGAUACCUCUCCUCGCAGGCAGGGCUUGAGACUGGACCUUUCCUCGAUCUCUUCGCUUCGACACUGGAUGAGCACUACGAGUGGAUCCUUCAUCUAGUGUGCCUGCGAUGGAUCCUUCUCGGGGUCCAGUGGCUCAGACGAAGAAGAGGAGUGGCCUACCCUGCGGUCUUGGCGCUGCUGUCUUCGGAAGUUGCCUCCGCAGUGUUGAGAGGAAAUUUGACAGAGGUCGAGAUGUACAAGCAUGCAGGCACAAUCUCUGUCGUGGAGGGACUCGACGCCGUUGCUGUUGUGCUCCCGCACCCUGGCUCCCUCAAGUACGAGGGCUCAUCCGUCCGUCAAAGCGCCCUCGCUCAGCUAAUCUUCCUCUGCUGUCUGAAACUCAAAGUGCUCCAGCACAUGGCACCAAACUUCGUCGGCAAUCCCUUGGCCCUAAAGAAAGCUGCAGACUCAGCAACCCCCUUGCUGGACACUGCAAUCAGCCAAGUCAAGGACCAUUACCGAGCAUAG